CGGGGCGGGAUGUAGGGAUGGAGAGCUGGCGGAGGAGGAGCCUCGGGCGGAGAGCGGGGAGGGCCGGACCGGCGAGCCCCGGUUUGACAGGAGGAGGCAGGGAGGCAGCGGGACCCGGCGGCGCGGGGACGGGGAUGGCGUUAGCGGCGGCGUGAGGGGACAGCCCUGCCCGGCCCUGCCCGCACCAUGGGCAGCGCCGACUCCAAGCUUAACUUCAGGAAGGCGGUGAUCCAGCUCACCACCAAGACCCAGCCUGUGGAGGCCACAGAUAAUGCCUUUUGGGACCAGUUCUGGGCAGACACAGCCACUUCAGUGCAGGAUGUCUUUGCUCUUGUACCAGCUGCAGAGAUCCGAGCAGUGAGAGAAGAAUCACCAUCAAAUUUGGCAACUUUGUGUUACAAGGCUGUGGAGAAGCUGGUGCAGGGAGCAGAGAGUGGCUGCCACACUGAGAAGGAAAGACAAAUUGUCUUGAACUGCUGUCGACUCCUCACCCGUAUCCUGCCUUACAUCUUUGAGGACCCAGACUGGAGAGGUUUCUUUUGGUCAACUGUCCCUGGAGCUGGCCGAGGAGGGGGAGAUGAAGAUGAUGAAAAUGCCCGGCCACUGGCUGAGUCCUUGCUCCUCGCUGUCACAGAUCUGCUCUUUUGUCCUGACUUCACUGUGCAGAGCCACCGGAGGAGCACGGUGGACACAGCAGAAGAUAUCCACUCCAUUGACAGUUGUGAGUACAUCUGGGAGGCAGGAGUGGGCUUUGCUCAUUCUCCACAGCCCAACUACAUCCAUGACUUGAACAGGACAGAGCUGCUGAAGCUGUUGCUGACCUGUUUCUCUGAGGCCAUGUACCUGCCUCCCUCCUCAGACAGCAGCAACACCAAUCCCUGGGUACAGUUUUUCUGCUCUACAGAGAACAGACAUGCACUCCCACUCUUUACCUCACUCCUGAAUGUCGUCUGUGCCUACGACCCCGUGGGUUAUGGGAUUCCUUACAAUCACCUGCUCUUCUCUGACUACCGCGAGCCGCUGGUGGAGGAGGCGGCCCAGGUGCUGAUCGUCACCUUGGACUAUGACAGCUCCACCAGUUCAAGUCCCACUGUGGAUGGCACAACCACUGGCACAGCCAUGGAUGAUGUGGAUCCUCCUGGACCAGACAAUCUGUUUGUGAAUUACCUCUCAAGGAUACACCGGGAAGAGGAUUUCCAGUUCAUCCUGAAAGGAGUGGCUCGCUUGUUAUCAAACCCACUGGUUCAGACCUACCUGCCAAACUCUGCCAAGAAGAUACAAUUCCAUCAGGAACUCCUUGUCCUCUUCUGGAAACUCUGUGACUUCAACAAGAAAUUCCUUUUCUUUGUGCUGAAGAGCAGCGAUGUUCUGGACAUUCUUGUCCCAAUCCUGUAUUUUCUCAAUGAUGCCAGAGCAGACCAGUCACGAGUGGGCUUGAUGCACAUUGGGGUCUUUAUCCUCCUGCUCCUCAGUGGGGAGCGUAACUUUGGGGUGCGACUGAACAAGCCGUAUUCUGUACGAGUGCCUAUGGACAUCCCUGUCUUCACAGGGACACAUGCAGAUCUGCUCAUCAUAGUCUUUCACAAGAUCAUCACCAGCGGGCACCAGCGGCUGCAGCCCCUCUUUGACUGUCUGCUCACCAUCGUUGUGAACGUGUCUCCAUACCUGAAGUCUCUCUCCAUGGUGGCUGCUAACAAGUUACUACAUCUUUUGGAGGCUUUUUCCACCACCUGGUUCCUAUUCUCUGCUGUCCAGAACCAUCAUCUUGUUUUCUUCUUGCUGGAAGUUUUCAACAACAUCAUUCAGUAUCAGUUUGAUGGGAACUCCAAUUUGGUCUAUGCUGUUAUCCGCAAGAGGAACGUCUUUCACCAGCUGGCCAACCUGCCCACGGACUCCCAGUCCAUCCAGAAGGGGCUGCAGCGCAAGAAGAAAACCCCUGAACCCAUUUCUCGCACCAACUCCCAGGACGGGGUCUCCAUGGAAGGGUCACGUCCUGCUGCCCCUGCUGAGCCAGGGACGCUGAAGACCAGUCUGGUGGCUACUCCAGGGAUUGACAAGCUCACAGAGAAGUCCCAGGUGUCAGAGGAUGGGACCAUGCGUUCACUGGAGCCUGAGGCUUCCCAGCUGUCACCAGAGGGAAACCCACCUGCAGCCCUGAGUGAUGGGGAGCCCUGGAGUGGGGAGGCAUCACAUUCCCGGCGGGAACGAAGGCGUCUGUCUAGUGCAUCCUCCAGUGGACAGUGGACUCCAACUCCUGACUGGGUGAUGUCUUGGAAGUCAAAGCUUCCCCUGCAGACAAUCAUGCGGCUCUUACAGGUGCUGGUCCCUCAGGUGGAGAAGAUCUGCAUUGACAAGGGUCUCACGGAUGAGUCGGAGAUCCUCAAGUUCCUGCAGCAUGGCACCUUGGUGGGGCUGCUGCCAGUGCCUCACCCCAUCCUCAUCCGCAAGUACCAGGCAAACUCAGGCACUGCCAUGUGGUUCCGCACCUACAUGUGGGGAGUUAUUUAUUUGAGGAAUGUGGAUCCCCCGAUCUGGUAUGACACAGAUGUUAAGCUGUUUGAAAUUCAACGGGUCUGAAGAGAGCACUUAACCUCUACUGAGACAAAUACACUGGAUCUAAGGACUGUGGCGUGCUGCUUCAUCACAGCUAUUCCUGCAUUUCACAUCCAGCUGAGAGACCAAAAGGACAAUCACUUCAUUUACCUCCCUGUCAUUUAAAGCUUUAAUCGGGACCUGCUUGGACAUCCCUCCCCCCAGCUCACUUCUCUUUCCUCACCCUUCACCACAAACCUUGAGUUAAAGAUAUCUAAGGGAUUGUCCAUUGUUGUGGUUGCACUAGAAAUCAGACUGUUCUUAGCUCCUCUGUUACUCUUUUGCUUCUGAAUGUGGUUUGAAAACCAAUCUGACCCUGUCCUUGCCCUGGUCAGAGUCAGCAUUUAAUUGAAAAAUACUAACUGUAAAUUGGAUGCAAAGGGAGAAGCUGCUAUUCCUGCAGGACACAGGGUUUGGAAACUGCAGUUACUUCCAUGUAGCUCCAUAGAGUUUCCAGGGCAUCCCUUCUGGCUGCAGGUGUCUCCCUGGUGUCUCAGUUGCAUAUAGGGAAGUCUUUCCCACCUAAAUGAAAGGAGAAGAUGUUGAAGGAAAACUUUGUGUCUCAGUUCUGAAUCUCUCUAGUCCUUUCCUGGAAAGCUGCUUGAGAAGUUUUGUUGGUGUGGCUCAGAAGUUUUUCCUUGGCUUUCAAGCCCAGCAGCCUGUCCUUCAUGGUGGACUGUUGCAAAGGAGCCUGUCUUACUUUUAAAGGCCCUCUUUAAUCCAUGUGAGCACACUGGAGGAAGGGACUGGCUCAGUGAGAGCAAGGAGAAGAGACCUGACUUAAACUCUUUUAAGUCUUCUCCUGUGGCUAAAAGGACACUGUCACCUGGGUUUGAAAGGAACCAUAUCCUUCCAUCUUUGCCUGGCAGGUUGAUGCAAUGCAGGGAGCAGAAGGAUCUUUUGCACACUACUGUUAAGGCAAGGGUUUGAGGGAGGCACUCAGGGAAGUUGUAGGAGGAGUUUGGAAGUUGUAGGAGGAAAAGCAUCUCCAUGUUAGUAGGGAGUGGAAAGUGCUGAGGCAAAGUGAAAUUCUUCAGGGCAUUUUGCUUAUUGACCAAGUUACUGGAUCUUGAAUGUAUUGGGUCCCAAGCACAUGUAAAUUUUGGGAAGCCAGAAUGGAAAUUGGUGGGAGAUCCACUGUUGCUGGCUUGGUUCAGCAUCGUGCGAUUACACAUUGGUGAGUGGAGACACCCUGGGGUUUGAGUCAAAUUUUAUGUUCUGCUGGUAGGGGCUGCUGUCUUAGACUCACAUGGUCUGUAGGCAAUGAAAUGUGAGGAGUCCUGUCAUGAACUGAGACCUUUCCAUCAAAGCAUAAUCCUUGGUGCUCUUUUAUUCAGGCUCUUGGGAGGACUGCUGGCCUUGAGCUGUUUGCCACAGGUUAGACCCAGUGGCAUCACUGCAUGGAAACAGGUCUGUCACAUUCAGUACAGGGACAGUGUGGCACACACUGCUGGCCUAAGCUUUGCAGCUGCAGUGGUAACAGCAUCACCAUUCUCUCCCAGACAGCUGCCUAUAGUCUGGUGGUUGAAAGAAAAUGGAGUCCUAGGCCAGUAGAAAGUGAAAUAAAAUUGGAAUGGUUUUCUGAAGGAUAAGAAAUAUGUGAAAUAGAGAGAGGUUAUUCCCCCACCUGCCUCCCAUCUCCAACCCACUUUGCCACCCAGCACUACUCCCAUCCUGACCUCACCUCUGUUCAGGUGUAAACAGGGUGAGGGCUCUGUUUCACUUGGAGAACCUCAUGUAUAAGAAUGUGAUUUGGUGGGGCCAGGCUCUGAUUGUAUGGCACUCGCACCUCACAGCUGGAACGGGGCCUCCCGUGUCCCACGUGCUUUGCCUCUUCCCUCCCAUGGAUCUGCUGGUUCUCAUGAUCUCUUCCAUCCUCUCUUUUCUGCUUUGUUUCUUUGUGAGUUCCUCUGGAAGCCGUUUUGUUUGUUUCUUGGUGUUUGGAGUCUGAUCCUUGUCCUGUGGAAAUCAACUUGCACUGUAAACUCUUUGCUUACUUACAGACAGAAAGAUAAAGAUUAACUGAAACAUGCA